AUGACCGCAAGAGUCAUCAAAUCGGUCGGAUUUAUAAGUCUAGAGGCUAGUUGGAGCCAAUUCCGACUAGAAGUCUCGACUAGUGAGAAUUCCUUUAUCCGAAUCUGCGCCGAAGCGAUGCUUUUCGCCUGUCAUCAUGCGGAAUUGGAGUACAACAGUGUCAAGGCUUUGAAGGUGAAAAUCCAGGAUUCUUUCGAGACAUCGGUCGCCACAAAAAUCAAAAAAACGGGGAAGAACAAUCGCCGAAUUUGCCGGGAUGGACCAAAGCUUGAUGAGUUCUAUGCGAUGCUCGCCGGGAGGCAGGCGGAAAUCAUCAACGAAUUCCGCCCGAUGGGGCAGAGAUUCCUUCAGGGAGAUGCAAAGUUGAAUUGCAUCACGGCUUGGUAUCCCGAUAGCGGAGACCCGUUUUGGGUCUUCAAUUUUGAGGGUGAUAGCCAAUCAGCACCUCCAUAUGAGGAAUGUUCGCAGCUGCCGCCGCAGUAUGGGAUGUGGUGA